GUUUUGGGGACGUGGAUGUGUGAUUGAGGAUGGGGAUUGGAUUCGCCAGGCUGGAGGCUGGUGUUUAAGUCACUUGGACGAGGUUUGGCUCCAUUCCCGAGUAACUGCUGUUGAAAGUCGCGAGGGUGGCUCCUGUGAAACUAUUCCCGGUCCACUUGGCAAGAUUGCCAUCUAAAGUGGUGACCCCUUGGAGUCGGUGAACCCUUUGGUCGGUGAACGCCCUGGCAUUUCAUCCGGAAAGGCUGGAUCGGGUCUGUCGGACUUAGAGAGCUCUGUAGGUGAAAGGUGAGAGUGUGUUUUAGUAAGAAAAGUGGAAAACCACCAUUACAGAACAAUGAGAAAGAGGGAAAAAAGGAGCGAGCUGUGGUGGACAAGGUGUUUUUCUCAAGGCUCGCACAGAUUCUGAAAAUCAUGGUCCCUAGAACAUUUUGUAAAGAGACAGGUUACUUGGUACUUAUUGCUGUUACGCUGGUGUCUCGAACGUAUUGUGAUGUUUGGAUGAUUCAAAAUGGAACACUAAUUGAAAGUGGUAUCAUUGGUCGUAGCAGGAAAGAUUUCAAGAGAUACUUACUCAACUUCAUCGCUGUCAUGCCUCUUAUCUCUCUGGUUAAUAACUUCUUGAAGUAUGGGUUAAAUGAGCUUAAACUGUGCUUCCGAGUAAGGCUCACUAAAUACCUCUAUGAGGAGUAUCUUCAAUCUUUCACAUAUUAUAAAAUGGGAAAUCUGGACAACAGAAUAGCUAAUCCAGACCAGCUGCUUACACAAGAUGUAGAAAAAUUUUGUAACAGUGUAGUCGAUCUGUAUUCAAAUCUUAGUAAGCCAUUUUUAGACAUAGUUUUGUAUAUCUUUAAGUUAACGAGUGCAAUUGGAGCUCAGGGCCCAGCAAGCAUGAUGGCCUACUUGGUUGUUUCUGGGCUAUUCCUAACUCGACUUAGAAGACCCAUUGGUAGGAUGACAGUAACUGAGCAAAAAUAUGAAGGAGAAUAUAGAUAUGUUAAUUCUCGGCUCAUCACAAACAGUGAAGAAAUUGCCUUUUACAAUGGGAAUAAAAGAGAAAAACAGACAGUCCACUCAGUCUUCCGAAAACUGGUGGAGCACCUACAUAAUUUCAUUUUGUUUCGUUUUUCAAUGGGCUUCAUUGAUAACAUUAUUGCCAAAUACCUUGCCACUGUGGUUGGUUACCUAGUUGUCAGUCGCCCUUUCUUAGAUUUGUCUCAUCCUCGACAUCUCAAGAGUACACAUUCGGAACUUCUAGAGGAUUACUACCAAAGUGGAAGAAUGCUUUUGCGAAUGUCUCAAGCUCUGGGUCGAAUCGUUUUGGCUGGGCGUGAAAUGACUAGAUUGGCUGGUUUUACUGCUCGGAUUACAGAAUUAAUGCAAGUACUGAAGGAUUUAAAUCAUGGCAAAUAUGAGCGCACAAUGGUCUCACAACAGGAAAAGGGUAUUGAAGGAGUACAAGUCAUUCCCUUGAUACCUGGUGCUGGAGAAAUCAUUAUUGCAGAUAACAUUAUAAAGUUUGAUCAUGUUCCUUUAGCAACGCCAAAUGGAGAUGUUUUGAUCCGUGACCUUAAUUUUGAAGUUCAAUCUGGGGCUAAUGUUCUAAUUUGUGGUCCUAAUGGCUGCGGAAAAAGUUCUCUUUUCCGUGUUCUUGGUGAAUUAUGGCCUCUUUUUGGAGGACGUCUAACUAAACCCGAGAGAGGAAAGUUAUUUUAUGUUCCUCAAAGACCUUACAUGACCCUUGGAACACUUCGAGACCAAGUGAUAUAUCCAGAUGGACGAGAAGAUCAGAAAAGGAAGGGAAUAUCUGACUUAGUACUGAAGGAAUACUUAGACAACGUCCAGUUGGGUCAUAUCCUUGAACGUGAAGGAGGCUGGGACAGUGUUCAGGAUUGGAUGGAUGUACUCAGUGGUGGAGAAAAGCAAAGAAUGGCAAUGGCAAGAUUAUUUUAUCAUAAACCCCAGUUUGCCAUUUUGGACGAAUGCACAAGUGCAGUUAGUGUCGACGUGGAAGGCUACAUUUACAGUCAUUGUCGAAAGGUCGGCAUCACUCUCUUCACUGUGUCUCAUAGGAAAUCUCUUUGGAAACAUCAUGAGUACUACCUGCAUAUGGAUGGCAGAGGCAACUAUGAAUUCAAACAGAUAACAGAAGAUACAGUUGAGUUUGGCUCUUAGAGAAAUCUGGAGAACUAUACCUGCUUCAAUGAAAUAAUUACAGAAUACACUUAGAAAUGCAAAGUACAUUGUAAAAUAAA